UAAACACAAGAAGAACUCACAGUUUGAGCGCUCAGUUCGAGCUGUUGGUGUUUGUGUUUAUAUUUUCCUCAUGAGAGAGCUGAAGAAAGAGGUGACGUCACUGAAGACAAAACUGAUGGAGAGAGUCGACAGGUUACAGGAGCUGGAAAAGGUUUCCUGUCAAUCUUCAGUGUGUGUGACUGAUGGGACCUCCACAGAGUUUCUGAAGAUGAAGAUGUGUUCAGUGAAGCUGCAGGACUGCAAGAACCUGAUGAAGAUGAGAGUAGAAAUCAAAGUAGAGGAACAACAGAGUGAUAAAGAUGAGGAUGAUGAUCAAACCUCCACAGAGUCUCUGACUUCUGUCUGUAAUGCUGGAGAACAGCAGAUGCUGCAGACACCAGUGAAGAUUGAAGUGAAGCAGGAGGAGAUAAAACAAGAGGAACACAGUGAUGAAGAUGAUUUUAUUCCUUCAGAUCUGAUGGGAGUGAAAGAGGAAAGUCAAGAGCUGAAUGAAGUGGAGGAGAAACUUCAGUAUCAGAAACAUCAUGAUUUAAUAUCUGGAGAAAAAUCUUUGAGGGACUCAAAUAUUAAGAAGUUCUCACCAAAAAAGCCUCAAAGAAGAGCAGCCAAGAAAUCUUUAACCUGCUCUCAGUGUGGAAAGAGAUUUCCAUUUAAAAGCCGGCUUAUUAGACACAUGAGAAUUCACACAGGAGAGAAGCCUUACACAUGCCAUCGGUGUGGAAAAAGUUUCAUAGAUACAGACACUCUCAAGUAUCAUCUCCGCUGUCACUCUGGAGAAAGACCAUUUGAAUGUGAUCAGUGUGGUAAAACAUUUGUUGUGAGUUCAAGCCUAAAACGACAUCUGAAAACUCACACAAAUGAGAAGCCUCACAGGUGUUCUUUUUGUGGAAAGAGUUUUGCAGACCUGUCCUAUUUUAAAGAGCACCAGAAAAUUCAUACCGGUGUGAGCGCACAUAUGUGCCUUCAAUGUGGAAAGACCUUUAUUACAGCCUACAACUUGAAACAGCACCAAAUAACUCACACUGGAGAGAAACCUUACAAGUGCUCACACUGUGGAAAGAGUUUCAAUCUGUCACAAAACCUGAAAAAACAUGAGAGAAUUCACACUGUUGAAAAACCGUAUGAGUGUUCGAUCUGUGGAAUGAGUUUUGCACGCCUGUACUGUUUGAAAGGGCACCAGAAAAUACAUAAUGGCACAAGGGCUUAUUUGUGCUCUGAAUGUGGGAAAAUCUUUACUUCUGCUAGCAACUUAAAAAUACACCAAAUAAUUCAUUCUGGAGAAAAACUUUUCCAGUGCUCGCAUUGUGGAAAGAGUUUCACUUGGUCACAAAACCUGAAAAAACACGAGAGAAUUCAUACUGGAGUGAAACCAUACAAGUGCUCAACCUGUGAAAUGAGCUUCACUUGGUCAAAGUCCCUAAAAACACACGAGAGAAUCCAUACUGGAGAAAAACCUUACAAGUGCUCACACUGUGGAAAGAGUUUCGCUCAGUCACAAACUCUAAAAACACAUGAGAGAAUUCACACUGGAGAGAAACCUUACAAGUGCUCACACUGUGAAAAGAGUUUCACUCAGUCACAAAACCUGAAAAAACAUGAGAGAAUUCAUACUGGAGUGAAACCUUACAAGUGAUCCCACUGUGAAAUAAGAUUCACUUGGUCAAAGUCCCUAAAAACACAUGAGAGAAUUCAUACUGGAUAAACUUCUUGAGAUGACUCCACCACAAGAUAUCAGCACCUUGGAUCAUUAGACUACAUGCACGUAUUGGUGGCGUGAUGUUGUACAACUCAAGUCAUGAGAACAUCUUAUGCUGUUCUGUAUUCUUGUUCUGGUGUUCCAGAUGCUGCUGAUGUGAGCAGAAUCUUAUUAAAUGUUUGCUAAUGGCUUUAAAGCAUUGGUUCUUAACCAUUUUUGACAUCAAGGCCGUCCAUUUCUCCUGAAAACUUGGAGUGUCAAUAGAUUCAAAUUCUGUAAUUAAUUCAUUCAUUUAGUAAUUUAAUUAUUUUAGACUUGAUGCCCCCUAGUGGGCCCUGGCCCUGACACCUCUGCUUUAAAGGGAUGUUCAAUACAAUUUAAGCUUGCUCGACAUCAUUUGUGGCAUUAUGUUGAUUACCACUAAAAUAUUUUGUCUAGCUUUGGAGGGUUUAAAGACUGAGAUUAUUAAGUUGUUUAAAUAAUCGUUUUACAGCCGUUUAGGGUUUACAGCGUUACAUCGUCAUGGUAAUUAAGCUACCAAAUUGGACCAUUCUUUACACAAUUUUAUCACACUAAAAUCAGGUUAACACAUUUUGUGUACGUCUUGUGGCGGUACUGUUGAAGCAGUAUUUACAUGAUUACGGAUUGACUCUCUUCCAUUGAAAGUGCCUCACUGUAAACCAUAUUUUAGUUUUUAAUGAAACAAGGGACGAGAUUAAUUAAUGUUUUGUGGUAAUCAACAUUAUACCACAAAUGUUGUUGAUUGAGCUUGACUUGAACCCGAGUUCCAUGUUAUAUAUAGUUUGUCAUUGGCAUCAAUCAAACAGUAACCAUUUUUGAUUUAUAAUCAAGUCGGCAAUUGUAACGAUGCAUUUGAUACAAAUUGUAAAAGUAAAGAAGAAACAACUAUUCCCAUAAAACUAUGAAAUGUGAUGGAUCACGCAGGGAAUUCUGGGAACUAUCAAUUAUUAUAACAAUAAUUGACUGCAAGUUAACGUACAUGUACUCUCUUGUAAAACAUAAUAUACAUUUUUACUGUUAAUUAUAUGGUAAAAUUAUACUUUUAACAUCUAAAAAAAACAUGAUUUUGACAACAUUUUACUGUAUUGACUCGUUAAAGUCAUUUUUUUUACCUGUUAACCAAUAAAUAGUUUUUGACUGUUGCAUUUUUACAGUCUUUUACCAUUAAAA